CGCCAACGCUCUUCCAGGAGGAAUCCGUGGCACGGCGGCAGCGUAGUCGGAAGAUGUCUGCGGAGGGAAGGGAUGCGUCACUGGAUUAGCGCCUUGUGAGUCCCAGCCUCUUCUUCCCUCCCUGCGCUGCCAGGAGAAGGUCACACAGCUCGCCGCCUGACCGUCCGCCGCACCUCCAAACCCGGGAAAGCUUCCACAUGAGCCAGCCGGGCCUCGCUGCCCCGCCAGGAUGAAGAUAGAGAAGAAAACGUCGGUUUUCACGUUUGUCCUCCUUCUGCACUUCAGCUCGGGACAAUCCGACUAUGCUCCAUAUUUCUACGACAAUGGACCCAGCAGCACAAAUGGGAAUAUGGCUUUGUUCAGCAUCUCUGAGGACACACCAGUCGGAACGCAGAUAUACAUCCUCAACGGUACCGAUCCCGAGGGAGAUCCCAUUCGAUACGGUCUGACAUUCCAAAUGGGCUCCAAAGAGUAUUUUAGAGUUGAUCCCAAGUCGGGAAAUGUGACCCUCGUUCUGGAGCUGGACCGAGAGAAACAAGAUGAGAUUUCUGCACUUGUUAGCAUUACAGACGGACGUAAUAAAGUGGAUGAAAAUGUAAGAGUGUUUGUCACUGACGCCAACGACGAACCUCCUGAAUUUCAAAACCUGCCUUUUAUCGUCAAUAUCCCUGAGGAUGCCGUGGCGGGGAGCAGCAUAUACCGAGUCCAGGCGUGGGAUAAAGAUAUGGGCUCAGGAGGCAGCGUCUCCUAUUCCCUGCAGCCGAUGCCGUUCGCCAAGUUCACCAUCGACGCCCACAGCGGGAUCCUGAGAGUGAAACCGGGCGAGAGGCUGGACUACGAGACCACGCCCACGCACUUUGUGACAGUGGUCGCCAAGGACGGCGGAGGGAAAUACAAGGGCAAACACCAGGUUUUGAACUCCACAGCCCCCAUCACAGUCAAUGUCCUUGAUGCCCAAGACAUGCCUCCAUCUUUCGUAGGAACGCCUUACUUUGGCUACAUCUACGAAGUCUCCGUUCCUGGCUCAGAGAUAUUCACAGUGUACGCCAGGGACGGAGACCAAGGCAAUCCCAGCCCCAUUUAUUAUUCCAUCAUUGACGGAAGUGAUGGUGUCUUCGACAUCAACAGUACCAGUGGAUGCAUCACCUUGACAACACAACCCUCCCUGCUCAAAAACGAACUCUACGAGAUUAAAGUCAAGGCAUCUGAGGUGGGAGCGGACGAUCUGCUGCAGGACUACGACAUUGCCGUGGUGAUGGUGCGAGUGGUGGAUCUCAACAACCACCCGCCCACCUUUUACGGCGAGAACGGACCACAAAGCAAGUUCGAAGUCACCAUGUACGAGCACCCUCCUUCCGGGGAGAUCUUGCGCGGAUUCAAGAUCACCGUCAACGAUUCUGAUCAGGGAGCAAACGCCAAGUUCAAACUGAGGCUGGUGGGGCCGAAUCGAGUUCUUAGAGUGGUCCCACAGACGGUUCUGAAUGAGGCCCAAGUGACCAUCAUCGUGGAGGACACAUCUGGCAUCGACUACGAGAAGGGACCAACCCUUUCGUUUAAGCUGUUGGCAGUGGAGCUCGACACUCCUGAGCGCUUCAGUGCAACGGCGGACAUCGUGAUCAACCUCCUGGACACGAACGACAACACUCCCAAAUUCACGUCGGAGUAUUACAUAGCCAGGGUCGCCGAGAACUCGCCCGGGGGCACCAGUGUUUCCACUGUUGCAGCGAACGAUCCCGAUUCAGGACCCUGGGGUGAAGUCAAAUACACCAUUUAUGGAUCAGGAUCAGAUCUGUUUUCCAUCCACCCGUCGACGGGCCUCAUCUCCACGCAGUCGUGGACCACGCUGGAUGCGGAGGUGCGCUCCAAGUUCAACUUCUACGUGAAGGCGGAGGACUCGGAGGGAAAAUACAGCCUGGCCGAGGUCUUUGUCACCGUGCUGGACAUGAACGACCACUCGCCCGAAUUUGACAACCCGCUGCUGGAGAAGACCAUGGUCAUCGGAAGCCCAGUCAAAGUGGAGGCAGUGGACGACGAUGCAGAGUCCCCCAACAACGUGGUGGAAUACUGCAUCAUGACGGCAGAUCCCGACAACGCGUUCGACAUCGACGCCGAGACGGGCGAGAUCCAGCUGAAGCCGUACAUCAAGUCCAUGGAGAUCGUGCACAACAUCACCGUGCAGAAGGACUGCAAGUGGUCACUGGUGGUGCAGGCGCGAGACCAAGGCUCUCCGUCUUUCAGCACCACCGCCGUGGUCAACAUCGACAUCACCGAGGAGAUCAAGGGACGCGUUGUUUCGUACUUCCUGGGCCUCAGCAAGCGGCCGCUGACAGUUUUCGCAAUUUGUUUCAGCCUUGUCAUCACCCUCAUUUUUCUAACCGUCUGCAUAUCCACAAUCCUGUACUGUAGCGCAGUGAAAAAGUCCAGAAUCAACCCAGAGAGUAACUAUAUCAAAGUGGUCCGCAGACCCAAGUGAGGGAAGGGAUACCUCCAUGUCACGUUGUGUUUGUCUCUUGGCUAGGUUUGUCAAAGAGUACAAGAGCAUGUUAAAAAGAUCUUCUGUUUUUCUAUACCGCUCAUCCUCAUUAGGUUCGCGGCUGAACAGGAACAUAUACCAGCCGACUUCAGGCGAGAGGCGGGGUAAACCACGGGCUGGUCGGCAGCCAAUCGCAGGGCACAUGAGGAGGAAAAAAAAAAAAAACAUUCAUACUCGCGUUCACACUGUGGGACAAUUUAGAGUCUUCAGUUAGUCUAACGUGAAAUGUGGGUCAUCGUGGGGGUUUUCCACACCAAGACAGCAAGGCCCUCUUAAGCGGUCACACCAGGCCGAAGUCCCGGGUCCACAUGCUAGCAGUCAAGUUGGACUUCUUUCCCCCCUCCCUUCUUUUCCCCUCCUGGCGCUUGCACCUUUCUCACCGUGACGUGCGCACACUCACGGCUGACAACGAGGCACUCUAAAGGGGCCACGCCAGUGAACUACCUGAAGGAAAAAUGCAUUUCGAAGUGUAUAGCUAGCGAGCUAACUGCAAGCCUAUAUGGCCACAAUUCAGUCCUAAAUAGUUCUCAGUUUUUGUACUUUUCAGCAAUUGCCUUCACAAACAUGUACAGUAUUUUGUAUUUCGAAACAAAUCUCCGAAUUUACUUCAUAGGGUCUUUAAAUAUAACUAAAACAAAAUAGCUAGUUGGAGAAACAAUGUAUUGUUUUCUUUGUUGUUUUUAUAAAUCAUGUCACAUGGCCAAAAUUUGUGGGGGACAAUUGUUUGUGCCACUAAGCAAAGUUCAAAAAACCAAAAAGAAUUAUGUAGCUACCACGCACACUGUCAGUACCUUGGCAACAAGGGGAUGACAUAAACCUGUGCCGUGUCACAGCACUGAAUGGACCACAGCGUUAGCGUGGGCUUUGUGCAAAUUCCAUUCCGACUAAAUUGCAACCCUUUUUUUUAUUAUUAUUAUUUUUUUUUUUUUAUAUAACCACCACAGAACAAAUCUGUUGCCAAAGCCACAAACAUUUAACCUUUUCCUUUUGGACGCGCUCAUUUCUUCAAGUUUUUUUUUUUUUUUUUUUACACAAACAUGCUCUUGUACUCCGAUUGGCUCUUGUGACGUGUCGUCCCUCAUCAGCUACAUGCCAAAGUCAAAUCCACCAAGCUCAACGCACUGCCAGACGCACUCCCAAACACUUGUGCAGUGUGUAGCAUGCAGGGGUGUCGAACUCUCAAAUUGUUGUUCAGGGGCAACAUACAGUCUAACUUUUUGUCAAGUGGGCCGGGCCAGUAAAAUCAUAGCAAAAUUUAUAUAAAUAAAAAGUUUUCCCCUUUGGUUUAUUGCAAAAACAACACCAGUACAUUAGGAAUAUUUAUAUUUAAUGAACUAAAGAUUUGCAGUAGUUUAUCAUCUAUAUGUUUACAACAGAACUGAUCACAGUCAUCGUGUAUAAAGGCACAAAACUAAGUAUUUUGAGCUGAAAUAUCUCGGAUUGCACUGUAAAAUUAGAUGAACAUACAAAGAUGAUUUUCACUCCAUUUUCUACACGAGCAUACAUUUUCUCACAAUUCUCACGCCCCACCUCGUCAUGUAUUUUGGCACUUUCCAAUUCAGAUUGAAGCCCCUCGAGGGCUUGUUUGGCACGUGGGUCUUAUGUUUGACACCCCUGGUAUAAAGAAAACAGUGCCUGUAGUGUGUAGCGUAGUUGUUGUUUGGGCUUCUUCUGCCAGUGCUUUCCUCAUCCAUUGAUCACGCUUACACGCUUGAAAUGACGCUUGGAUGAUUCCACUUCUAUUUGUGCUCUUUUGCAGACUCCUCUCAAGGGGCCUAUGGCGGCCUUUUUAAUGAAAAGUAGGGACAAUCCAAUGAAAGCUAUAGGAAUGCUUACUUUGAUUAUUAGCCUGUUGGUAGGAGCGACCGUUCUCAUCUCCACGGCCAUGUACAUGCGCAACGC